AUGGGUUCGAGUCCUUCUGUGUGUAAUUUUUUUAUUUUUUUCUUUUUACGAAGAAAGCCUCUCACUUAUUUGAAUGGUUUUGAACAACACAGCACUCAUCCAGAUUUUGUUGAUGCUCUUCCACCUGUUUUGAAUAAUCCGCAAAAAUGUCCAUACGGUCUCUAUGCUGAACAACUUUCGGGGACAGCCUUCACUUGUCCUCGUGCUUUGAACAAAAGGACGUGGCUUUACCGUAUUCGACCUUCAGUGCAACACAAACCUUUUGAACGUUUUCGCGGAAUUAAUGAUGAAAGGGAAGUUUCUGGUGUCGUUUUUUCGAUUUAAUUUUUGCCUGUUUCCGAGUUCAUAUUGGAUUUGUGGAGAAUAUUCCCAGGGAACGUCCUCAAAAAUCCACGAGAAUUUAUUUUUACAAAAUUUUUUAGUUUUUUUGAGUUUU